AUGGUCAAGAGGAAACGAAGUGAGCCAUUCGUAUGCAAUCAUUGCGGAAAGUCUUUUGAAAAAUUAUCAAAGUAUACAGAGCAUACACGCAAGCACACCGGGGAGAGACCAUUGAAGUGCUCAAAAUGCAAUGCUGUGUUUAGAAAAGAUAGCCACUUAAAAGCACACGAGCGAACGCACGAAUCAGAAUCGAGUAAACCAUUCAGCUGCACUCACUGUGAUAAACAAUUCUGGACGAAUCAACACCUAAAAAGGCAUUUAAAAACACACGAAUCAAGCUUCAUUUGCAACUACUGCGAUAAAUCAUUCUCAAAACAAUAUCAACUUAGAAAUCACGUCGCUGGUGAGCAUAAUCCAGUUGGUACUCUACCACACAUAUGUGCACACCCGGGCUGCACGAAAUCAUUCCCUACAAACGCGAAGCUCAGAAGACAUGCUCAAGUUCAUCAGUCUGAUAGAUAUAGCUGUGGACACGAUCAAUGUACUCACCUCUCUUUUAACAAAUGGACCGAACUUCAGGCGCAUAUCAGACAAGAACAUAAACCAACUUGUCCUUACGAGUCUUGUCACAAGGUUUUUAGUAAUAGGACCAACCUCAACCAGCAUUUGCUUCUCCAUGACCAGAAAGAGGUGGAGAGGGAAUUGGGUUUAGAGGAGCAGGCAAAAAACGUAAAAGGUGGUUUGGUUGCUAGAGAUUUUCAUUGUCAGGUGCAGGGCUGUGACAAGAGCUUCAAAUCUCACCGUGCUCUCACCGUCCACAUCAACACCACUCAUCUCAACAUACGUCCCUUCGUUUGUCUCCAAUGCGAUAAGAGCUAUGGCUACAAACAUCUGCUACAGAGACACUUACAAACGCACAAAAAACAAAAGGAUGUUAAGAAGCCAAAGAAGACCACUAUCGAGAAGUUCACCGGUGUUGAUUACAUGAAAAGAAACAUCGAAUGCCCAUAUAAGGAUAUACUUGAGUUAGAUACUCUCCCGGACUGCUCUUUUAGAUAUACUAGACGCUACGAUCUACGUCGACACCUCGCCUCCAAGCAUCACAUUCACUUCACUAAAGAAGAGCUGGAUUAUUGGUUGGACGGAGGCAUAGACGAGCAAGAAAGUGUCAGUGCGAAUGAAGAAGAGCUGAACAAGGAGCAUAAAAGCCAACAUGAGAGCUUGACUGAGGAUGAGGAGCUGGAUCAAUCAAUAGAAGCGCAGGAUUGA